AUGUUUGGUCAUAUUGCAAGACCGAGACAAAGGGGUGAGACGAAUCUCGUUACUGAAGAUGCAGAAGAACUGUUGCUAGCAAAGAGCUCGGAUACAGUGAACAUGGAAAAUUCGGUCUCAAUAGUGGAUGAAGUGAUCUCAGUAAAAGGUGCGACAAAUGUGGAAAAGGAACUCAAACAAAAAGAUGAAGAGAUUCAGCGGAUAGGGAGGCUUCUAGAUGAAGCUAAUGAAAUUAUGAAUAAACAAAGGGUUGAGCUUGAGGAGUUAAAGCAGACGACUCCUGAAAAGGAAGAGAAAACAUUUAGCGUUAUUGAACCAGAUAAAAAUAGGGAAGAAGAUGAAGAAGAGAUGAAGGCUGAUGAGAUUUCUACCAACUCAGUAUGGUAUCUAGAUACUGGAGCAAGCAAUCAUAUGUGUGGGAAUAAGAACUUUUUUUAUGAACUCACCAAGGUGGAGGCCAAAUUUGUGUCUUUUGGAGAUGACUCCAAGGUAGCCGUGAAAGGGCGUGGAACAAUUAGACAUAUUCAAAAUAAUGGACAAGUUGGAGAGAUUAGGGAUGUUUAUUAUGUUCCGAGUUGUAUGAACUAG